GGACCUUAAAAAUUCCAUCUUUUCUUUCUUCUUCAGCCAGCUGUCUCCACUCCACUCCAUUACUACUUGAGUCUUUAUUUCUCACCAUUUCAAUCAAUCAAUCAAUCCUCCAUCUCCAUGGAAAUGGGUUUUGUUUCCUUUAUCGUAUUCUUCCUCGGAUUCUCCAUUCUCUCUUUCGCCGAUGCCAACUUCAACAGAGACUUCGAUAUUAUGUGGGGAGGAAGCAAACGAGCCAAGAUUAAAGAUAAAGGUCGUUUUCUAACCCUAUCAAUGGACUUAGCUUCCGGCGCCGCCUUCCAAUCCAAAAAAGACUACAUCUUUGGAAGAUUCGAUAUGCAAAUCAAACUUAUACCCGGAAACUCCGCCGGCACCGUCACUUCAUUCUAUUUAUCCUCUCGGGGAGAGGGGCACGAUGAAAUUGAUUUUGAAUUCUUGGGGAAUUCGACCGGCGAACCUUACCUUCUUCACACCAACGUUUUCAGCCGCGGCGGCGGCGGCAGGGAGAAACAGUUUUAUCUAUGGUUCGAUCCAACUGCUGAUUUCCAUACUUAUUCAAUCAUCUGGACUCCAAAACACAUUCUAUUCGGUGUGGAUGGGACAAUCAUAAGAGAUUUCAAGAACAUGGAAUCAAUUGGAGUUCCGUAUCCGAAUAAGCAACGAAUGAGAGUAUAUGGAAGCUUAUGGAACGCGGAUUCAUGGGCUACGAGAGGUGGGCUUGUGAGGACGAACUGGAGUGAAGCUCCUUUCAUGGCGUCUUACAGAAAUUUCCGACGGUUGAAUUCUGGUGAUGAUCGAUUAAACGAUAUUGUUGGUCAAGAACUCAAUUCGGUUGUUGGAGAAAGGAUGAAAUGGGUGCAGGAUAAGUAUAUGGUUUAUGAUUAUUGCGGUGAUAUGGUAAAACAUCCCCGUGGUCUUCCGGCAGAAUGUGUUGUAUCCGCUGCAAAGCUUUCUAGAAACUUCUAGAAGUUAAUCAAAUACAUCAUACGAUUUCUAGAUAUUACUAAUUCUGAUUUGUUGUAUUACUACUUUUUUAUUUGGUUCAUGUUUUAUUGAUGUUGAUUAGAAAAAACAAGAACAUAAUUCAUUCGAUUUCUGCUCUAUGUUACCUGAUAAUUGAAACUUGCAAUGA